GUCCUUAGGCAAGACGUGUUAAGUAAAAUGUGUUUUGAACUUUAUAUUACUUUAAAAUUUCAAAUAAAUGUCCCGAAUUUCGAAUAUUAACCGAUUAUUUUAAAUCUUAAUCAGUAUUCACUAUUCAUUCAAAAAGGCUCCAGAAUUGUAACCAGCUUCGCGUCUUCUUUAUUAUGUUGUAGUUGUGUUUGUAAUUAUUGAUUUAGUUAAAUCGUGUAUGCAGGACAUCGUAUAAACUAGAUUUUUUAAAAUGACAGCGAACGUUCUCAACUUUUUCUCAGAUCGCAAAUCUGUAUUUUGGGCGUAUGUGUUUUGGUUGUUUGGUGGUAUUUUUGGCUUGCACCAUUUUUAUUUGCGGCGGGAUAGACAUGCAUUUAUUUGGUGGUCAUCUCUUGGAGGCUUUGGAGUCGGUUGGCUGGGAGAAGUGUUUCGGAUUCCACGCUACGUGAGAGAUGCCAACGAAGACCCUCAGUCUAUUCAAGAUUUGAUUGGCAGAAUGCGGCAAUACAGAAAGCCUCCUUUUUCUAUGAAUCGAUUCACUGGAAUGUUGAUGGUUGGAUACUCUUGGGGACAGAUGAUGAUGCUAGCAAUACCUCCUGAAGAGUUUUGGGGCAUCAAUUGGAAAUUUUUUAACUGUCUGGUGCCUAUUGUAGUAGCUCUUGGUGUAUGGACUGUUGGUAAUAUUGGUCGUGAACAGGGUGGCUUGAAAUGGCCCUUGAUUGCAGCAUUGGCUACAUAUCCCGUUCGCUAUUACAUCUAUGAUGAUACAGUCUGGUUUACAAUUAUGAUUGUGGCAGCAGCAUUGGCUUUUGAUACAUUUAGCAAGGAAUGGCGCAGAACACCUCAUAAGAAAACACAUUUUGCCAAGCGGGUGGCAAUAUUAAGUUUGUGUGCCGGUUUGUACAUAUCUCUGUGGUGUGGCUAUUUAUACUUCCAUGGAACCAUAACUGAUAGUGAUGGUGAUGAAAUACCCAUAUAUGAAGCUCUACAUCACUUCUAUACAAGCCCAUGGUGGCUUGAUUUAAAACAAAGCCUCUUAGAUACCUAUCAAUAUGCCCAGCAUCAUGGCUGGUAUGAGGUUUGGAAGCAAAUAAUUGAUCUGUCUGAUCCACACGGGGAACAAAAUGCCUACAAGGUACUAGGAUUGGGCUUUGACGCAAGUCAGCAAGAGAUAACGUCAACCUGGAGGAAAUUAUCUCGCGAGAAUCAUCCCGACAAAGUUAAGGAUGACAAAUUGCGGCGCGCGGCACAAGAACGGUUCAUGGAAAUUCAAGAAGCUUACGAAAUACUCUCAAAUAGUAAACACCGAAGAAACAGACGGAACAAGAAAGACAAUUCUGAUUUACAUGAAGAUCGGAAUAAGUGAAAACAGUCCAAUCUCAGUAAUUUAAAAUAGCUUCAACUAAUUUUCAUAUAGAAGUGUACACGAAGUAUUAGAAUUUACACGAAGAUUGCUAAAAAAUAUGAUGCUCUAGAAAUUUGGAGUUGCGAAUUAUGGAUUUGUAAAGGAACUAAUGAAUCAUAGGUAAUCGUAAUUUUAAAGCAAUAAAAUAUUUUAAUCGUAUAAUAAAGUAUAUGUACUUAUGUAAUAUUAUGUAUUAUUAUUAUAUCGUAAUUUUAAUCAUAGUAUGCAUUUUGUAACUUCUGAUUAUGUAAGAAAUUACAACGUAAUUUUUUUGUCUAUUUUUUCCUUUUGCUUUUUUUUUCUAGAAAGUAUUUUUUUUAAUACACAGAAAUUCUAUAUUUAUUUUAGUUGACUAGCUAAUGUAACUAGAUCUGAAUUUAUCUGUUACCUGCGUAUCGAAUUAAUGACAUCGAUUAUUUUUAGUACCUUAAAAGAGAGAUUGAAGAUUGUGGUAUAAUACUUAUAAAUUUUCCUAUAGGUACCUAUAAUGCAAUGAUCGAUUAGCACUAGUCGUCGAGUACUAUAUGCUCGUGUACAAGUGAACGUAAACGAAACUAGUACUAUAUAUUAUUAGUGCUAUAUAUACCAGCAUUGUAACAUAUCAAAAUAUAUUAUUUUCGUCGGUAUUAACGUCGGUUUGAUAAAAUUGGAGCUCAUAUACAGAGCUCAAGAGUCCAAGCUCUUACUCUGUCUUCUAUUAUAUCUUCCAUUUUGUAUACAAUAAUUAAUAAGUUUAUAUAAAUGUACGUAUAACGUUUUUUGAUUAUUGAUAACAUUGUACUUAAUAUUUCGGUAUUAAAUAUUGUUCGUUAAACGUUUAACGUUUUACUAACAAAAUUAUAGCUAUUGCUCAACUUUAUAGUAGGUUAACUAUAUUAUAUUUAGCGGGGACACGCGCGCAAAAAAAAAACUAUUAUUAUCAGUAACAUGACCAUCAAAAUUAGUUCUUAGUUAGAUAUCACGUAGAAGAGAAUCUCAUUUUAAAGAAAAAUCAAGGACUUUCCAGGUUGUGCUUUGUGAUUACCGAUUAAAUUUAUACGUACGUCUGAUUUGUGUUUUUAUAGUUAAGUCAUCUUAUUUCCAUGCAUUUAAAAACCAAAACUAUUUAAACAAUUAUCUAAUUGUUAAGAUAAAUUAUUACAUUAAUUAUAGAGUAUUUUUGGGGGAUGUGGUCUCUUUAUAGUUUUUUAAGAAUUAUCUAUAUGUGAACUCAUUAUCAUGAUGGUUGUAAGCACGUACUUAAUCUUAAGUAGUAAACAUAAUUUUUUCUUUGUACCUUUA